AUGCACGCCAUAUUGAAAACCAAGUUGUUGGUGUUCCAAACAUAUCGACGUGAAGCUUAUCUUUUAAUACUCUUUAAUGCACGCAAUAUUGAUAACGAAAGUCAAGUUGAUCUCUGGCUCUCCUCUACAAAUACUUUCGAUGGUAGUUAUUCGCGGCAAGAAAAAGAGUAUCUAGUCUUAGAGAAGGUUAAGAUGUCUUUAAUGUGGCUUGUUUUGGUGGUGUGCUUCCUGCACUUGUGCGCAGGGCAGGAUUUGCAAACACAAUAUUUAAGCGCUCACAACAAUGCGAGGUCUCAAGUGGGCUUUGGUCCUCUUGUGUGGGAUGAUACUGUCGCUACCUACGCACAAAACUAUGCUAAUCAACGCAUGGCGGACUGUGCGAUGCAGCAUUCUAAUGGUCAGUAUGGAGAAAACCUUUUCUGGGGACGAGGAAUGGAAUACACGCCCGCAGAUGCGGUGAGUCUUUGGGUUAACGAGAAGAUAAAUUACGAUUAUAAUUCCAAUUCAUGUGCGCAAGGGAAAGUGUGCGGACAUUAUACUCAAGUGGUGUGGAGAAAUUCGCAGAAGCUUGGGUGUGCUCGUGUUAAAUGUAAUAAUGGCGCCAUUUUCAUCACCUGCAAUUACGACCCGCGUGGGAAUUACAUUGGCAUGAAGCCGUACUGACUUCAUCAUGUCUUCCGAUGCAUGGCCAUUGUCUUUCAUUAAAUCCUGCGUCUCUGUGUUGUGUUUCUCAUCCGUCUAGUAUUCCUCUCCAAAUAAUCAGUGAUAUUGACCUGUUAUACAGGUUGGCCUCUCAAAAAAGGUUUGUCCGUGUCUAGACCUCUUACUAGGUUAAAGUUAUGCCACGCAAUAUUUUCUCCUAAAUAAUAAAAAAAA